AUGCAGAACAACCCCCAGGAGCUUUCAUGGCAGGCGAUUCAGGCUAUAGUUGGGGUUAAACUUCCUUCAAAUGUACUGCGAUUUGAUGAUAUCGGAUUUCACUUAGUCAAUAACAAUGUCUCGAGCGCCGAAGACUCUGAUUCUGACGUAGAAAUCGUCGAAAAUGAUUGGGAGUCUGAUAAUAAUGUGUCAUCCAGACCUGACCAUUCUGACAACGAAAAAACUACGUCGCCUGAUAGGGAACAAAGUGAAUCACCGGUUUUACAUCUUGUAGAACCAGAUAAUAAUAAUUUAGGGAAAGAUUCUUUAGAUUAUCAAGAAUAUGUUGAAAAAUUGGACACAAAAGACAUAUCUUCUAAAGAACGAAUGGCACAAAAUCAGAUCGACGAUCCAGAUAGCUCGAAUGGGAAUGUUAUGUCUAUAGAAAACUAUUUGGAGGUCACUUUAUCCACUGACUCUGAGGCUAGUCAUACUUGUAACCAAUGUAACCAAAUAUUUUCUAAUGAGAAUUUGCUUGCCUCACACAAAUGUACUGCUAAACCCACCGAAGAAAAGAAAUACCCAUGUCAUGUCUGUACUGAAAAGUUUUCAAGCUACUGGGAUCUACGAAAGCAUCUCAGUAGUCAUUUUCCUGGUAUGCUGGAAUCCAAGUCAAGCUUUUGUCAUCUCUGCCAAAAAGAUUAUACAAAAACAGGAUUUAUGAAUCAUUUACGUAAACAUACAGGCGAGAGACCAUUUGUCUGUGAACUUUGUCACAAAGCUUUCUCUCAAUCAAGCUCACUUUCGAUACACAUGAAGUUUCAUCUCAAUGUUCGCAAACACGCUUGUACAGUCUGUGAAAAGAAGUUUGUGACAAAAAGUGAACUAUCUCGUCAUAUGACGGUUCAUACGAAGCAAAAAUCCUAUUACUGUGGAGUCGCACUAGCGAUGUCUGCAAGGUUGCAUAAUCUUAAUCCCUAUGAGUUGCAUAAAUAUUUAGUAAAUGUUUAUCGUCUGAAUACAAAAGGUUCUACUGGACACCUGAAACGGGAUACGUCCAAAGAUAGAACUGACCUCGAUGUUAUACGUGAAAACUACAAAUUUUUGUGGGAAGAAGAUGAAGUUGCCGAUACUUGGGAAAAACAACUAGCUAAAAAAUAUUAUGACAAACUCUUCAAAGAAUAUUGUAUUUGCGACCUAAGCAGGUAUAAAGAGAACAAAGUUGCAUUACGUUGGCGGAUUGAAAAAGAGGUUGUGCUCGGAAAAGGUCAAUUUCAAUGCGGUAACAAAGUGUGCAACAGUGCUCAAGAUCUCAAGUCCUGGGAGGUCAACUUCGCUUAUAUCGAAGAUAGUGAAAAAAAGAAUGCUCUUGUGAAAUUGCGUCUAUGCCCAGAGUGUUCGGAGAAAUUGAACUACAGAUCAAAGAAACGUGAAAUUAAAAGGUUAAAGAAGGGUGACAAGAAAAAGAAACGAGCGAAUAAACAAGACAAGAACGGUGAAGAUCCGGAAAGCGAAAACGUUGGCAGUCCCGCAGCACUUGAAAUUCUAGAAGAGCCUUCUACUUCUACUGUCAAUGUUACUGAAAGUAAUGACGAGUCUUUAUGGAAAAAAGGUGUGCCAGAUAUACAAGAAAAAUCACGAGAGGAGGAAUUUGAAGAAUACUUGGAAGACCUAUUACUUUAA